AUGUCAAACCUACAUUUCGUCCUCGUCCACGGCGCCUACCACCGCGCCUGGCACUUCAAAUUCCUCCAAGAAGAACUCGAGAAAGCCGGGCACAAAGUCAGCACCCUCGACCUCCCCUCCGGCAGCGAAGAUGGCCCCGAAGACAACGCCAUGUCCGCCGACACCUCCGCCAUCAAGUCCGCCCUCGAAACCGCCGCCUCGCACUCCCCCACCAUCGUCCCCGUCUUCCACAGCUACGGCGGCAUCCCCGGCAGCGACGCCGCCGCCGAACUGAGCGAAGCCGCCAAGAACAAAGUCCUCCGCCUCAUCUUCAUAGGCUCCUUCAUCUUCCCCGCCAACACCUCCCUCCUCUCCCUCAGCGGCGGCAAAACCGCCUCCUGGGCGCAACCCGUGCCCGAAAACCCCAAAUACCGCUACGUCCCGGACCCGAUCCCGACCUUCUUCCACGACGUCGAGCCCGCCCGCGCGCAGGAAGCCGCGGCGCACCUCGUGCAGAACGCCGUGUCGGCGUUUCGCGAGCCGACGAAAUAUGCGGGCUGGAGUGGGUUUGAGUGUACGUAUGUGUUUUGCGAGGAGGAUCGGGUGGUGCCGAGCGCGGCGGCGGAGAGGAUGUUGGGGGCGAUGACGGAGGCGCAGAGGAAGCGGUGGAGGACGGAGGAGAUUGGGGGGAGUCAUAGUCCGUUUUUGUCGAGGCCGGCGGAGUUGGCGCGGUUGUUGGGGAGGAUUACUGCUGGGGAGGACGGGGAGAAGUUGUAG